GACAUGUACAUGUGAGUCAGUUCUGGAGUAGAUUUUAGGUUAGAAAUCAGAGCAAAGAUGAAUCAACCCAACAUCGAGAAAUUAGUAAACAGAUUAAGAUUCAAUGUCAACCCACGUCGAAGGCUUCGACAACCCGAUGGUCCAGAGGGACGUCUUCUUAAAAUCCGAAAAACUCUAACAGCAUUGAUUAAAUACGAACGACUCGAGGUGAAUUAUCCCAGGGGCGAUGAGACCAGAGGUUAUGUUGACCAGUUGAUAUUCCAAGCUAUACGUCAUGGACCUAUGCACAAGGAGACAAUGGAUCUGGCAAAUUUCUGGAUAAUCGAGAAGCAACUGGUGCACAAGCUGUUCAAAGUUCUUGUGCCAAGAUAUCAAAAUUAUACCACAUCUUUUACAAAACUUCACAAGGCACCAAAUAUAUUUCCUAUAGGCCACUUUAACAGAUCAAUUUUAGAACUUAGAGGUAAUGUAUAUCCAAGUUUGGAGCAAUAUAAUCCACAUGAACGAAAUUUACUUCACAACUUGCUGCUUGAUGCAGCAAAGAAAGAAUACAGGAUGGAAAAAUAUAAAGAAGUGGCAGAUAACAUAAAGCAGUAGAAGGGACAAAGAGACUUUAAAGAAUGCUCUUUUGUACACGACUCUAGAUAGAAACGGAAUUUAGCAAGUGGCGUAUGAAUAUUCCAUCGAGCGAUCUCAUGGGCCGAUCGAUAAGCCGUGGAAUCAUCCGAUGUGCUGUGAUGUCCGAUUCUAGAAAAUAUUUACAGUAUAGAAUUUUAUCAUAUAAAAAAUUUAUUUCAG